AUGACCACCACCAACCGCCAGUUCUUCUCCUCCAACUCCAUCAAGGGCUCCUCUGGCCUGGGGGGCGGCUUGUGCCUCACCUCCCGCCAGCUGUCUGGCAGCCUGGGUGCCGGCUCCUGCAGGCUGGGGUCUGCCGGCAGCCUGGGCAAUGCCCUUGGGGACGGCAGCUACUCCAGCUGCUACAGCUUCGGCUCUGGCGGUGGCUAUGGCAGUGGCGGCUAUGGCAGUGGCGGCUACGGCAGCGGUGGCUAUGGCAGCGGCGGCUAUGGCAGCGGCGGCUUUGGCACUUGUGGCUAUGGCAGUGGCUUUGGAGGUGGUGAUGGGCUGCUGGUGGGAGGCGAGAAGGCCACCAUGCAGAACCUCAACGACCGCCUGGCCUCCUACCUGGACAAGGUGCGUGCCUUGGAGGAGGCCAACACGGAGCUGGAGGUGAAGAUCCACAACUGGUACAAGAAGCAGGCCCCAGGGCCGGCUCCCGACUACUGCCACUACUUCAAGACCAUCGAGGACCUGAGGAACGAGAUCCUCAUGGCCACCACAUACAAUGCCAACAUCCUGCUGCAGAUCGACAAUGCCCGUCUGGCUGCUGAUGACUUCUGCACCAAGUUCGAGACGGAGCACGCCCUGCGCGUGAGCGUGGAGGCCGACAUCAAUGGCCUGCGCAGGGUGCUGGACGAGCUGACCCUGGCCAGAGCCGACCUGGAGAUGCAGAUCGAGAACCUCAAGGAGGAGCUGGCCUACCUCCGGAAGAACCAUGAGGAGGAGAUGAAUGCCCUGCGAGGCCAGGUGGGUGGUGAGAUCAAUGUGGAGAUGGACGCCGCCCCCGGCGUGGACCUGAGCCACAUCCUGAAUGAGAUGCGCGCCCAGUACGAGAAGAUGGCGGAGAAGAACCGCAAGGACGCCGAGAACUGGUUCUUCAGCAAGACAGAAGAGCUGAACCGCGAGGUGACCACACACUGCGAGCUGGUGCAGAGCAGCAAGUGCGAGGUCUCAGAGCUCCGGCGCACCAUGCAGGCCCUGGAGAUCGAGCUGCAGUCCCAGCUCAGCAUGAAAGCAUCUCUGGAGGGUAGCCUGGCGGAGACAGAGAAUCGCUACUGCCUGCAGCUGGGCCAGAUCCAGGGGCUGAUCUGCAGCGUGGAGGAACAGCUGGCCCAGCUGCGCUGCGAGAUGGAACAACAGAGCCAGGAGUACAAGAUUCUGCUGGACGUGAAGACGCGGCUGGAGCAGGAGAUCUGCACCUACCGCUGCCUGCUGGGGGGCGAGGACUCCCAGUGA